ACUCUAAAAUUUUAGAACCAGUUUAUACCAUCAUAGACGUUGAAUAGACCCAUUUUGAACCCAGAAAAGGCCUCUUAGCAUAGCUGUUAACUACUAAAAGUUAAUAAAAGGUAAGCAAGUGACCAUAUAACCUACGAGUAUUUAUUUGGUAGUGGAAAGCGAAUCAAAUGAUUAUACGACAACUUCACUCAAAUUUUCUACUGUUAUAUGUGAAAAACUAAAAAUGUCCCUAACUUUUACUAUUAAAAUGAAAGCCUAGAGACAUAAAGACCUAAAAUAUCUCUUUUCUAUAAAAUAUAUCUUUCAAAAGAUAUAUUUAUAAGUGUAUAUUAUUAGUUUGAGAUAAAAAAAAACAAUCAUCAACAACUCCGCAUGGCCAUUGUUACAACACAUAUCGUCCAGUAAAAUUUUAAAUUUCAAAUAUCUGAUACAAAUAGCCUGAAUAGAACCAAAUGCUAAAAUUAAUUUAUCAAACUAUAUGAAGAGAAGCGGUUGUAAGCUUCACGUUCAUCAAAGGCUAGUACUGGAAAAAAAGGUAUUUUUUACCCGAAUAUCCGGUCUCGUUUUCAACUACUUCUUCAGUAAUAGGUAAUUUAGCCCAAGUAAAUAUCUUAUAUUAUGCAUAAUAUAUGAAUUUACAUGUAAAUUCUUGCUAAUAAUAAGUGGCAUUGAGUAAUAAAAAUUAAAUAGUUUGAAUAAAACGCUUGCGUAAUAUACCAAUAUUGUAAAACAUUCUCCCGCCAAAAGCGUGGUGGCUAAUUCAUUUCGUCAACUACAGAAAAUGGACAAGACUGAGAAUGGAACUAUGGAUGGAAGUUCUAUACAGGACAAAUCUUGCAGUCUUUCAAAAAGCAAUAUUUGCUUAUCUCGUGUCGUCGUUCAAAAAGAAGUUAACCUACUCUCAUGGGUUGACUUAGUACUAUGUGCUUGUGAAUAUUUACGCAAUAAAGGAAAUCAAACACCAUCUUUUAAUGAUAUUGCAACAACUAUUGAUGAGAACUCCGAAUUUUUAAAUCUAUCGAAGAGUGAUUCCCAAAAAGAACGACUUUUGUUAGCUUUGUCCGAGGCUGUUUGUCGACGUCUCAUUCUGCAGUGUAAAGGAUUUGGAACAAAAGGUCACUUCAAACUUAUUAAAUUUAGAGAAACUGAUAAUAUGAAUCUUACACUUGAAGAAGAUUUUGAAGAAAACUCCAUUAAUGUGUCUACAAAAUCCUCAAAUAAUUUAACUAAGAGUUUAACGACAGACUCUGAAGUUAUAUCUAAAAACUGUAGAUCAAAAGCAAGACGGCAGAGUGCUCAAAAGCGUGUCAUUUCAGAUAGUGAUUCAGAUUCAACUUUAUCAAGCGUUCAACAGAAGAAGGGGCGAAAAUUUUCACCACAAACGUCAAAUAAGUCAGCAUCCAAUUCUCGAAUUUCUACAAGGGCAAAACCAAAGCCAAUGAAGCCAGAAGUACCAAGCGAUGUAUCAUCUGAUGAAAUCAUUGUUUCUAAGUCUCCCAUUAAACAAAUCAAUGGAAAUGCCGAUGAUAAUAACACCACUAAUCAUGUAUCCAGCGUUUCAGAAGAAUCAGAUGGUGCUAAUGAUACUGUUGACAUUGUCAAAUUCAAUGAAUACCAGGGUAGAAUCAUUCAUUCACAACCCAAGUCAAUGGAGGAAAUUUUACCUCUAGCUUUAAUUUUCCAAAGUGAACCAAAAAUAGCCUUGUUACUAGAUAUUGUGAAUUUCAUGAAAAAACGAUAUGGAAUUACAAGUCAAUCAGACAUUGAGAAAGCUCUUGCUCGCUUAGUCAAAGAUGACAAAGCACGAAAGAAAGGAAACAAGUACGAACUGGCUGUUUCAGAAUUUAGCCCCGAAGAAGAUCAAACACUUGAAGGAAAAAUAAUUAAUGCUAUCGUUGCCACUCAUAAACCUUGCAUUGCUGUUCAAGAAGAAAUCAGAAGCUAUAUGAAUGACUUCCAUCCGGACAUUUAUGAUGCUUCCGAUUUUGCUGAGAGUUUGAAACGUGCUUGCAAGAAUGAUAUAAUAAAGAUGACUGAGGACUCUAAAAUAAAGCUAGCAUUUCUAUUUGAACCAACUCCUGAAAUGUUGCGUGGCGAGGAUUCUCUGGAAGCGAAGACUUAUUAUGAAUAG